AGAUUGCGAAAAAUGCACGUAACACGAUCCCGAACGGCGCAAUUACGAGCACAGGAAAGGGGAGAACAAAUAGACCCAGCAGUGAUUGCAAAUCAAAUACAAGUGAAUCCUGCUGAUGCACAAGGACCACCCAUUAUUGAAGAUCAACAAAUAGACCCACCGAUUGAAGAUGUUGAUCCUGCUGCACGAGAACCAGACAUUAAUGAUGAUCAACAAGGGAAUGGCGAACGUCAACACAGACGACCAGCUGACUAUUACAGACCUGUAAUACGCCGCCUUCGGGGCUUUAUCGAUAAUCAUCGAACCCAAAUUGAAACUGAUUUAAGAAAUCACCAACAACAACAAAGACAGAAUCGGGAAGCCCUUGAGUUGCUCCUUAAUGAAAGAAAUGAACACCUGAAUCAAUCCGAGAGAGAUCUAAACGUGAUGGUAGAACAAUUGGAGAUCGUUUUUCGACGACAAGAAGAGGAAUUUAUAAGAAGACGUGAUGAGCUUAAUCAGCGUGAAAAUCAACUCAACCAAACAGAAAUCCAGAACGACGGAUCCUACCACAACUUAACCGGCGACAUCAACACGAUCAACACAGAGGCGGGAGACGUCGUCGGUAAACGGUUAUAG